AUGUUAUUGGUUUCGUCUGCUUCGUCCAACCUCCUGGACGCGUUCUUUGUGUGCAUGGGUGUGACUGCACUGGCGUUCACCAGCCUUUGCGUUUAUAGAUUGUUCUUUCACCCAUAUGCCAAAUACCCUGGGCCCCUGCUGGGAAAGCUCACCAAUUACUAUGCUGUCUACCACUCGUGGAAAGGGGACCAGCACCUGGACAUGUGGCGCUGCCACGAGAAGUAUGGUCCGUAUGUCCGUUAUGGACCUAACGAGUUGAGCAUCAACACUGCGGCAGGACUGAAAGAGAUCUACGCCCACGGGAGAAACUUCAAGAAAUCGGUGAAAUACAACGCCAUGGUACACCAGGCCGCAAACACCUUGACAACGAUUGAGAAGCGCAAGCAUGGCAAGAAGCGCCGCUUGAUCAGCCAAGCCUUCUCUGAUGCAGCCUUUCGGAGCUACGAAGAAACCAUCCAGGAAAAGAUUUCGCAGCUGUGCACAGCUCUCCGUUGCCACGAUGACGACUCACAAGAGGUGGUUCCGGAUGGAACUUGGGGGACGGCGAAGAACAUGUCUCAUUGGUGCGACUGGUUCACUUUCGAUGUGAUGUGCAGCGUGAUCUUCGGUGUACCUUGGUCGUCUUUGACGGAAAAGAAAUACCGCCACAUCCCGCACACUAUUGAAGUGUCCAAUGUACGCGUCGGUUGCUUGAUCGAAGCUGGUGGCUCCAAGAACCUCAAAAUCGAUAAAUACCUCUUUCCUGCAGCCAUUGCGGCACGCAAUCAAUUCGUCAAGUUUGUCAACGAUAUCAUCCGGCAGGGUAUGGCCAUGUCGGCCAAGGGAUCCAUGAAGGGAGCAUUCGCCUUGCUUCGAGAUGCCGUCGACCCCGAGACCCAGGAGCCUCUCUCUUUCAAGGAGCUCUGCGGCGAGAGCGCAACACUAGUGGUCGCAGGAACCGAUACCACCUCUACCGCACUUGCGGCCUCGCUGUAUUACCUCACUCACCACCCGAAGGUAUAUGAACGCGCUGUGCAAGAGGUUCGCAGCACAUUCCAGUCUCGGGACGAGAUCCGUCUGGGCCCGAAAGUGAAUUCCUGCUCUUACCUCCGAGCCGUGAUUGAAGAAACUAUGCGCCUGUCGCCCUCGGCCCCUGGACCCUUGUGGCGCCAGGCUGACGUUGGCGGAGCCACUGUGGAUGGACAAUACAUUCCCCAGGGGCUGGAGGUUGCGACCUGUGUCUACAGCAUCCACCACAGCUCGGAGAUCUACCCGCAACCCUGCAAGUUCGUCCCCGAGCGGUGGCUCGGUCCAGAGGCGACCCCGGAGCCAUAUCGCAGCGAGUAUUCUCCCCACGCAGGCUUCAAUCCUUUCUCCAUCGGGCCUCGCGGUUGCAUCGGAAAGCCGUUGGCAUACAUUGAGCUUACUUUGACCCUGUCUCACAUUCUGUAUGCCUUUGAUAUGCGCCUGCCCCCGGUCGUCAAGACCAGUGAGGAUGACGAAUACCGGCUUUCGCUCCAUAUCACCGCCGCCAAGGAGGGUCCGUGGGUUGAGUUCCGGCCACGUGCGGUGGUCUAA